AGAGAGCAGGUAGCAGUCCCCGAUGUUCUUGUACAGCUCUUGAGUCUGGACCUUGGACUCAAAGAUGGAGAGCAUGUCGACCACCAGGACUUUCCUCCCAUUCCAUGUUCCUGUCUCCACCUGGCAUGUCCUGGCUACUGACUGGGCCCCCAGCUUGCACUCAAACACAGGCUGGCCAAGGAUGCUGUUCCCUGUGGUGCUUUUCCCACAGCCUGUUUUGCCCACCAGGAGGAUCAGCAGCAGCAGUGAUCCUGGAGCCAACCUGCCUUCUUCUCAGCCUGUGAGAGCGGGUGAAGAGUGAGGGUAUAAAAACUGCAUUCUGAGGAGGAGGUGCCAAAAGACAGAAGGCAAAGGCAUCCAGAGGCACUGGCACCCUGGGUCAGUGAGGACCCCAUAGCCCCGCUCCCAUCACCUGACCCCAAGUACAGAGAAUAGAGGGACUCACACAGUGUUUGUGGGAUUACCCAGCUGGCCAGAGCUCCAGGGCUCUUUCCCUUUGGGACUGCUGAGCUCUGCCCCUUUCUGGCCUUCCCUCGAUGCACUUCCCACCCUGAGGGCCUGGGCUGGGGCCGGCAGGAGGCCGUUUCCUCGGCCACUGCAAGGUCCAUCUCAUGUUUUCUUCCUCUCCCAUCCCUGGCUGAUCUUGAUUUUUCACGAUCACAGUUUUAUUUGGAAAAUCUUGUCCUCACUGAAAAGUAGAUGGCAGCUAACAGCUUAAUAUGCUGUAUUUCUGGGGGGGAAAUGUGUUUUCCUUGUUGUGGGUGAAUAUAGUCUUGUGCCUUUCACUGCCAGGUGGGAAGUUUGCCCCCCAGUUCUGAGUCUACAACCCUUGAUCUUUAUAAGAACUUCACCAAGUGCAGUUCCCUUGCCUGUGCAGAAGGCACCUUCUCCACCCAUUCGAAGCCGUUCUAUUUUGUCCUAGAGGGGAAACCAUACAUGGAUUGUUCACACUGGAGGCGGAUGUGAUAUCCAACACAAAGCAUCACAUUUUACAGAUGAGGAAAUUGGGGCAAGAAAAGAAAACCCUGCUGAGGUCACACAUUACUUAAGGGAUGAGCUGAGACUAACACCAGGUCUGCUGACUUCAGAUAUUCUCAGCAGUAGCCUGGAUUUCCUGCUGAAGAACAUACAGACAGCCCCAAAAUGCACCACAUGCUUGCAUUUCCCAGCACCUGUAUUUAACAUACAGGCAGCCCAAAAGUGCACCACAUGCCUGCGUUUCCCAGCACCUGUAUUUAACAUACAGGCAGCCCAAAAGUGCACCACAUGCCUGCGUUUCCCAGCACCUGUAUUUAACAUACAGACAGCUCCAAAAUGCGCCACAUGCCUACGUUUCCCAGCACCUGUAUUUAGCUAAUGGGAGGCAGUGAAUGGAAGGCAGGGAAGGCUGAUGGAUGCUGUCCACCCAGAUCAAGAAAGUCAGCAGUUAUUUCCAACUGAACAUCUGGCUGUCAUGGGUUCUUGUCCACUUUUAGGGUCUCAGGGCUGGUACCCAAACUACAGUGUGCCCGGCAAAGCAUCCACCUUCAAUAAACUCACAAAAGAAAUUCUCCCCUACGUUUCCAUGGUGAUGGUGGUACAAAGGGUGACCAACCAUCCUGGUUGGCCCAGGUCUGAGAGGAUUCCCUGAUUGAAGGUCUUUCAGUGCUGAACUGGGAAAGUCCCAGACACACCAGGAUGGGUUGUUUACCCCAAGAGUAGGAGAUUGUCAUGGGUCCAGGUUAGGGGUGGGGAGUAGGGGAGUGUACAUCCAGUAAUUGGAGAGAAGAACUGAUUUGUUGGGCUCAGAUCAAUGCCUUAUGCUACAGAGGAGGAUUGGUGCUUCCCUAUUCCUACCUCAAACAGACUCGGACCUCACUACCCCAGGGGCACUUCUUAUCAAGCCCCCUCACCUCCUUGCAUUGUUCCCUCCAUACCUUUCCUUCUACCUCCUACGUCCAGUGCUCGGGUAGAAAAUCCACCCAGGCCCCACAGAAGAAUAACUUCUCAGGCUUCGCUACUAUGAAAAACCCAUACAACCCAUUCCAGAGCAACAUGAGGACCUUGCUGUGUGCAAAGUUUCAGUGAGUUGCCUUGUAACAGGCUCAAGGCAUUAAUGCUAAAAAGUGAGUCUCUAAUUGCAGAAUUGCAGAGCCUAUGCCAGGUCAAUUGAAAAAAUACUUUUUGGACUGAUGUCAUGGUGCUUUAGGGGAAGAAGUUGGUGUUCCACGGGGCGUUGGUACUGAAGAUGUGGUCCGGGUCACCCCUAGCUCUUUCCUACCCACCCAACCCUCCCGCGCCCACCUUUUCCCUCUCUCCUCUAGCACAAUGAAGCAUGCAGGCCUGGGUGAAGGAAUACCUCCUGACAACUCCGGGAAUGAUGGCUAUGCUAAUAAUGGGUAUAGUGCCUGUGAAGAAGAAAAUGAGACACUCACUGAAAGUCUGAGAAGCAAAGUAACUGCUAUAAAAUCUUUUUCCAUUGAAAUAGGCCAUGAAGUUAAAACCCAAAAUAAAUUAUUAGCUGCAAUGGAUUCACAAUUUGAUUCUACAACUGGAUUUCUAGGUAAAACUGUGGGCAAACUGGAGAUUUUAUCCAUAAGGAGCCAAACAAAGCUGCUGUGCUCUACAAUGCUGUUUCAUUUAUUUGUCUUUUUUUGUUAUUUAUUGGAUUAGUAAACUGAGGUGAUGCAAGUAAUUGUGAAUUUGGAAUUUGUUCCAACUUAAUGGCUUGGCGUACAACUUUGGUAAAAAUCGGCACCAAAACAUUCCUAGUUUUCAAACACUAUGGCAUUUUCCAUUGAAAAUUGCUGCAUGUUGCUUGUUUUAUAAAUCACAUUAGAUAAUACAGUGCUCUUUGAAUAUUGUCUGUUUUUUAUUUUUCUUUUUAUUUUAAGUUCUGAGGUACAUGUGCAGGAUGUGCAGGUUAGUUACAUGAGUAAAUGUGUGCCGUGGUGGUUUGCUGAGCCUAUCAACCCAUCACCAUGCCACUUAAUAGCCCGGCAUGAAUUAGCUAUUCUUCUUGAUGCUCUCCCUCCCCCCACCCCACCCUCCCCUGACAGGCCCCAGUGUGUGUUAGUCCCCUCCCUGUGUCUGUGUGUUCUCAUUGUUCAGCUCCCACUUACAAGUGAGAACAUGUGGUGUUUGGUUUUCUGUUCCUGCAUUAGUUUGCUGAAGAUAAUGGCUUCCAGCUUCAUCCAUAUACCUGCAAAGGACACGAUCUAAUUGCUUGUUAUGACUGCAUAGUAUUCCAUGGGGUAUAUGUACCACGUUUUCUUUAUCCAGUCUAUCAUUGAUCAGCUUUUGGGUUGAUUGAAUACGGUUUCUUGAUGACUCAUUUUGCCCCCUAUCUUCAGGGGCAAUGAGAUUGUGUGGCUCCACCAAUUUCCAAGUUGUUUUUCUAUUGUUUGCUAACUGUCAGAUUAAAUAGCAUUGUCAUGUUCUGUUGUUAUCAUAAAUGUAGGUUUAUGUCCCAUGUAAGGAAACUUCCAGUGAGAGAAUAACAGAAUGCCUGAAGAGCCUGACUGUAGUUCUAGAAGUAGUCAACCAGUCUGUGAUAGAAUGGUAACUGAAUUUUCCUAACUGCAUCAACUGUGAUGAUGUACUCCUGUUUCCUCCUUUAUUUAGUUAAAAUCAUAGACUGAUUUCUUUUUACCUAUAAUCUUCCUAAUAAUUUUUGAUGAUAGUGACCCAUCACUUCUCUCUGCCCAAAGAACUCAUUCUUUAAGUAAUGCUUGUUAUGUUGGCAUAGUUCUAAUAGGGACCAAUGCACAUGUGUAUCCGUAUAGUUAUUGUUUUAUAUUAACUUUAUAAAUUCUGUUGACUUGGCUUAUAAUAGUUUUAUGAUUUUUACUAUAUCGGUAGGACUAUAUAUAUAUUAUCAUUUGUGACAGAAUAAUGUGAAGUUAAGUAAUUACUAAACUCUAAAUGGAAAUAGUAUUCAAGAAACUCAAGCACUGAACUUGAAUAUAAGAGUAUUGUUGCUUUAAUCCAGUGUAUUUGUUUAUGGAAAGAAAAACACAAAGGCAGACUCGAGUAAAAAGGAACAUUAAAAUAUUGUUAAAAACUCUGUAUUACUACUAUUUUGGAAUUUACCCGUUUAUAGGAUCCAAAAAUAAAUUUUCAAAUAAAAUAUUUUUAUAAAGAAAAAAGUUUUUGGAAUAAAUGGAUUUUCUAAUGUUCCUUGGGAUCAUGCUACAUAAGAUGGUAUCUAGCUCCCUGCCCCCCAACGGAGACACAGUUAAAUUGGCCAGUGAUUACUUUAGCAGGGAAAAUAAAUUAAUAAAUAAAUAAUUUUGGAAUCAUUUUCAUGUAAGUACUAAAUGUCAAAACUCACUUUCUAUGAGGUAACUAUUUAGUAAUUUCUUUGUAAGUGGCUCCGAGGGUAUUUUUAGCACCAGUACUGCCUCCUGGAAUCUCUCUGUUCUUUAGCCAGGUCCCAUGGAAGCUAAUCUAAUCUGGUUGCAAAGUCUGUCCCACAGUACGCACAAUUCAAAUAAGAGUUAUCCACCCACAGCUCUGAUGACACAACUCAAGCCUUGCUUUUACACCCAAGCAAGUGCUGACGUUUUGGAUAGAAACCAAAGCACUUUCUGUCAUCCUGCAAUCCGUGAGAGGGCCCUUCAAACUGAGUGUGAUGGUCAUUCUUAUGUGUCACUUAGCAAGGCCAUAGUACCCAAUGAUCUAACCAAACACUAAUCCAGGUGUUGCUGUGAGGGUAUUUUGCAGAUGUGGUUAAUGUGAAGUAACAAUUACCUUCCAUAACAUAGAGGGAAAUCAUCUAGGCAGUUGAAAGUCUGAAGACAAUAACCGAUUUCCCAGAAAAGGAAUUCCACCUCAAGACUGCAGUGUCUACUCCUGGCUGAGUGUCCAGCCUGCCCACCUGUACUACAGAUUUUGGACAUACCAGACCCCGAAAUCACAUGAGCCAAUUUCUAGAUAUAAAUCUCUUAAUAGAUAUAUAUCUCUUAAUAGAUAUAUUCUGUUUCCCUGGAGAAACCUGGCCAAUAGUCAAAACUGAUUAUUGCUACUGAUACUCAGAGAAAGAGCAAACCUGAACAUAAAUCUCAUCUUUUUGGCCGGGCGCAGUGGCUCAUGCCUGUAAUCCCAGCAUUUUGGGAGGCCGAGGUGGGUGGAUCACCUGAAGACAGGAGAUCGAGACCAGCCUGGCCAACAUGGUGAAACCCUUUCUCUACUAAAAAUACAAAAAUUACCCAGGUAUGGUGGCGCAUGCCUGUAAUCCCAGCUACUCAGGAGGCUGAGGUGGGAGAAUCGCUUGAACCCAGAAGGCGGAGUUUGCAGUGAGCCGAGAUUGCACCACUGCACUCCAGCCUGGGUGACACAGUGAGACUCUGUCUCAAAAAAAAAAAAAAAAAAACUCAUCUUUCCAAGGAUGAUUCUUUUCUUUUCAAGAAUGAUAUUGGGGUGGACAUUUUUUAAAGAUGUGAUUGCAUGAGGGGGAAGGCAAAUGGGAAAACCAACCAUUUUUUCACUCCAUCUUGCUGCAAUGCUGAUGGUUUGGAACUCAAGACACUCUGUUUUCUCAUGUGCUGCCCCUGGAUUGUCUUGAACGGUGGUCUCCACAGGAGCCGGUAAGGGGGUGCUCCUGAGCAUCAGAGGAAAACAGGUGGCACUGGUAGGUGCCUGGAGAGGUGUGUGAGGGGAAGAUAAGGCGAUGCUGAAAGAGCUGCAGAGGGGUAGGUGGACUUGGAAGCGGAUAUUCCUACACUGGGGGAGGCCAGGGACCUGGCGAACUUGGCGGUCUUGUAAUACCAUCUACCCCUUUUAACUACCGGGAAACUAAGAUUUCCAGGGUUUCCUAAAGCAGCAGUGACAUGAGGCCAAGUCUGCACCCAAGAUUGAGGGGGUGAAAGGAUAUUAAAGGGAGAAGGCAGCUUUUUCAGGUGUUUCAGGGCAAACUGAGUGCCUGUAGGGCCUGAAUCUGUGGCUGCCCCUGUGCUGAGAGGGAUCAGCCCUCCGGGAAUAUGUGCAGCAAAGCUAUUCACGUGCUGUGUUUGGCCAAGAGAUUGGUGGCGGGCCAUUUCCUCCGAGAAGGAGAACCUGAAAUUGCUGCUGUCUCGGAAUCCAGCCUGAACAGAAAGAAAAGUGAAAAGGGUGCUUCUCAGAAACAUCAGGAUUAUUCUCAUUUGCCUCAAUUAUUUUAUUGAGGAGUUUUUCCUCUCCAGUCACAGUGCUGUCCCUCUAGCCCAAACCACCACUACAGAGAACCCCACCCAAGUGCCACACCAGCCCUCUGGACAGCACUAUCAUUGCUCCCCUCCAAAAAAAAAAAAAAAAAAAAAAUGCCUAUUCUGGGCUGGCCAUCAACUCACCUCACUCAUCUUAUAUCCAUCAAUCCUUCCAUUAAUUCAUUUUAAAAUGGUAUUAAAUGCCUCACACAUGGAAUAUGGUUGGACCAGUUUAACCUGUCCAGGCACAGUGGCUAAUGCCUGUACUCCCAGCACUUUAGGAGGGAGGCCGAGACUGGAGGAUCACCUGAGCCCAGGAGUUCAAGACCAGCCCUGGCCACAUGGUAAAACCCCAUCUCUACCAAAAAAAAAAAAAAAAAAAUUAGCCUGGCACAGUGGUUCAUGCCUAUAGUCUCAGCGACUAAGGAGGCUGAUGUAGGAGGAUCACUUGAACCCAGGAGGCCAAAGUUGCAGUGAGUCAUGAUUGUGUCACUGCACUCCAGCCUGUGUGACAGAGUGAGACCCUGUCUCAAAAAGAAAGAAAGAAAAAGAAAGGAAGGAAGGAAGAAGGAGGGAAGGAAGGAAGGAAGGAAGGAAGGAAGGAAGGAAGGAAGGAAGGAAGGAAGGAAGGAGGGAAGGAACGGGAGCAGCUCAUGCCUCAAACUGGGAGAGCAUCAUCUCUAAGCUACUGAGAGUAAAGAAUGGUUCCCUCCACUAUGAGGGGCAUGGUGGAGAAGGGGAAGGUGGAGACCCCCACUGGAAAAACUUUGAAAUGCUCUGAAACUAGUGGUUGACCUUGGACAGAUUAUCUUACUCUCAUUUGCCAAAAGUAGCAAUAAUAUUCUCUCUACUUCCCUCACUGGAGUUUCCAAAAGAUAAAUGGCAUGCUGAUUAGAAAAACAUAACGUGCAGUUGUGAGGAUCUGCCAGUUAGAGGGUUAUGAGUCAGGGUAACUGCCUAGUAAUAAAGCCCUUGCCAUCUAUGACUUCAUUCUUGUGGACAGUGGAGUUUUAACUACUUCUAUAUAUAUAUAUAUAAACCACACUAAGCCAAGAAUUUACUAAUAGGGAAAAUUGCUGGGGCAAACGGUGAGGAGUAUAGGGGAACUCUCAGUAUUUUUCAUUCCCAUUUUUCUGUAACUCUAAAACUGCUUU